AUGGUAAACACCUGUGUAGUCUGGGGUUGUACGAACCGAUCGAAGGCUGGGGAUUCAAGUUUGAGGUUUUAUGACAUUCCUAAGGUUAUCGAACACCAGGGAAUCCAAACAAAGGAGCUAACAAGCGAACGCCGAAGAAUAUGGCUAGCUCGUAUAAACAGAGCCGAUUUCUUGCCAGAUCCAUCCAAACGACAUUUCAAAGUGUGCUCCGACCAUUUCAUUCAAGGCAUAAAAGCUGAUGUGUUUGAUAAGACCAAUCCAGACUGGGCACCAUCACUGAAACUUGGGCCAUUAGAGAUGAAUGGAUCAGAGUCUUCUAAGAAACGCUAUGAUAGAAUGCAGGCCAGAAAGGAAAAAAAAGUAAAGUUCCAGACAGCUGAAGCCCUUCUGCAGUUACAAGAAACUCCAAACAUUGAGGAGGACAUGAGGGAGAUAGAGACAACAGACAUCAGUGGUGACCCAUCAGAUUCUGACAAAGUUAACUGCACUUUCUUACUUGAGGGAACAUUGGAAAGUAGGAAGAGGAAGGUAGAAAGUGAAGAACAGCAGGAAAUUAAGAGACUGAAGCAGGAGAAUAACUCACUCAAGGAGAAGCUAUGUGCUAGUAAAGGCGACGUUUCUCCCGAAACAUUUAAAGACGAAGAAAAGGCGAAACACUACACUGGACUAAGCUAUUCCAUACUCAUGGCCUUGUUUAGUUUUUUGGAGCCGAACAUUCUAGGACUGCCCUAA